AAUGAUACAAUGCACACGAUCGUUCCGACUGUCAUGUCGUUGCAAACUCGCAACGAUAUCGUGUCUUGUGUGUAUCUAUAUAAAUGAUAUAAUUUGUUUUAUAAUAUACGUAAUUAUUAUUAGUGUCAGCAUAAAUCUUAUUUGUUCAUUCAAUAGAGCAACAUUGAAUAUACAAUGAUGUACGAAACAAAUUUAAAUACGUGUCAUAAUUAUGAAUGUGAUCAAAUAAAAAAUAUAUAUAUUUUAUAUAAAAAAUAUCUCUUCGAUUUAAUAACUAAUGAAUCUACUGCAAACAAAGAAAAAUGGUAUUAAAUAAAGAUUGACUGUCAAAUUUAUUUAAUAAUCUAUAAAAAAGUAUGUAAGAACAAACUUUUAUAAGUUACAAUUGUUCAAUAACUGAGUGUGAUAUCAAAAAUCACAUUUAAUAAAUCGAUGCAACGAUAAUUUUCAAAUAUGUAAAUUGCAAUUCAAUUUAUAUUAAUUUUAUUUAUACUCUAUUGUAAAUAAGAUAAAGAAUAAAAAAAUUAAUAUUUUAUUAAUUUUCUUAGAUUAAAAAAAUGUUACUAUAAUAAUAAAUCCUUUUUAAGACUGUUCAAUGAAUAUCUUAUGUGUUUUGAAAUUUAAGAUAUUUUACUUAAUUUAUUAUUCGGUAUGGAAAUAGUUUGGAAGAAUAUAAAAUUUAAAUAUAUAUUUGCUUGUAUUUUAAUCACAUUCAUUAUUUCAUGUCUGAUAAGUAUUGCACCUAUGAGUAUUGAUGAAUGCAAAUGUGAAAUAGUUACUCAAUCAAAUCAAUAUAAUCAUAAACAGCAUAAUAAUGCUGUGAAAGUUUAUAAAAAAUCAUUACAUCGUUUAGCUAUACUUGUGCCAUUUCGAGAUCGCUUUGAAGAAUUAUUAAUAUUUGCUCCUCAUAUAAAACAAUUUUUAGAUAAACAAAAUAUAGAUUAUCAUAUAUUUGUACUUAAUCAGAUUGAUAGAUUUAGAUUUAAUCGAGCCUCUCUUAUAAAUGUAGGUUUUCUUGAAAUUAAUAAGGAAUUUGAUUACAUAGCUAUACAUGAUGUAGAUUUGUUGCCAAUAAAUGAUGAAUUAUUAUACUCUUUCCCAAAUAAGGGUCCUUUCCAUGUAUCAUCUCCAGAAUUACAUCCUAGAUAUCAUUAUUCAACUUUUGUUGGUGGAAUAUUACUUAUUAAAAGAGAGCAUUUUAUACAAGUAAAUGGAAUGUCUAAUAAAUACUGGGGAUGGGGUCUUGAAGAUGAUGAAUUCUAUGUUAGAUUAAAAGAAGCUGGUCUAAGUGUUAUAAGACCACAAAAUAUAUCUACUGGAACACAUAAUACAUUCAAACAUAUACAUGAUAGAAAUCAUAGGAAACGAGAUAUGAUAAAAUGUUAUAAUCAACGCGAAGUUACUAGAAAACGAGAUCGUCAAACUGGUUUAAAUAACGUUUCUUAUAAAAUAUUAGGUACAAUUACAAUGACUAUUGAGAAUACUCCAUUAACUGUUCUUAAUAUUUCCCUAAUGUGUGAUAAAAUGAUUACACCUUGGUGUGAAUGUGAUAAAGUAGCUGGAUCCAAGGAUGGAAAAUCAAAGGAAAAAAAGAAAGUUAUAAGUAAUAAAUCUGCUACUGGAUUAUAAUUAUUCUGAUAAAACUUGUAUUAAAAAAAAAAAAA